ACACUCAAAAUCAUGCACGAGCGAAUGAGUGGUCCUGACGCAACAAGUAGGCUAUCUGAUUUCCAGUCUCUCCUUUUGGAUGACUACGCGCUGUCUAGAGAAAAAAGAGCUUUAAACGCAAAGAAAAUACACACCCAGCAUUUCUUUUCCGAAGCAUAGCGGCUUUUAAUCUUUCUUUCGUGCAACAGCGUUGAGUUUUGAUCGAUUGCAUAAUAGUUGCUCCGACUUUUUACCGUUAUUUCCACUUUUCUAAACGUAUAAAGGUGAAAGAGGAUCGAGCUGCAUGUGAAUAGCGUUUCUCAUCACAUAUUUUCUUGAGUUGUACGUGUUUUACGCAUAUGGAUACUUUUAGGGUGCGCAGACGGUAGAUUAUGAAUACCACAGGAUGGGUGCGAACAAUGGGAAACAGAGCGGGAGUGAAGGGAAAGGCAGUUCCAGUAUUUCCUCCGACCUGAGUUCAAGUACAGAUCAGACAUCGACCAAAGCUCCUAAGAAUGCGGCUACCAGUGAAGAUUCGGAUCUUAGCAUGCGAACAGUGAGCACGCCCAGUCCAGCUCUGAUUCUGCCACCUCGUUCAUCUUCAGCCGUUCUCAAUGGCUCCUCUACGUCCUCCUCCGCCUUCAGCACAGAAACCAUUGCCAUGGUGCACACCCCACCCGCAUCCCUCACCCACCCUCAAAGAGGCCUGCGGCAACCGAAGGACCAGCAGGGGGCGCCCAUCGACAUCCUCCCCGAUCAUGCCUUUCUGCAGAUCUUUACCCACCUGCCCACCAAUCAGCUGUGCCGGUGUGCCCGCGUGUGCCGUCGGUGGUACAACUUGGCGUGGGACCCUCGCUUGUGGAGGACUGUCCGGCUGACGGGUGAUGUGCUACAUGUGGACCGCGCGCUUCGGGUUCUGACUCGCAGACUCUGUCAGGAUACCCCCAAUGUUUGUCUCACCUUGGAGACGGUUGUGGUCAGUGGCUGUCGGAGACUGACGGAUCGAGGACUGUACACAGUGGCACAGUCUUGUCCAGAACUUCGCCGUUUAGAGGUUGCUGGGUGUUACAACGUGUCGAAUGAAGCCGUGUUUGAAGUGGUCUCACGAUGCCCCAGUCUUGAGCACCUGGAUGUUUCAGGGUGCUCCAAGGUAACCUGCAUAAGUCUAACUCGGGAUGUGUCUGUGAAAUUGUCCCCUCUUCAUGGCCAGCAGAUCUCCAUUCGCUAUCUUGACAUGACGGACUGUUUCGCGUUAGAAGAUGAAGGCUUGCACACCAUUUCAGCCCACUGUACUCAGCUUACUCACCUGUACCUGCGCCGUUGUGUGCGCCUGACCGACGAGGGCCUACGUUUCUUGGUGAUCUACUGCCCGUCCGUGCGUGAGCUCAGUGUCAGCGACUGCCGCUUCAUCAGUGACUUUGGCCUGCGAGAGAUCGCUAAGCUGGAGGGCCGCCUGCGUUACCUUAGCAUAGCGCACUGCAGUCGUAUCACCGACGUGGGUGUGCGCUACGUGGCUAAAUACUGUGUCAGACUGCGUUACCUGAAUGCUCGUGGCUGUGAGGGAUUAACAGACCACGGCAUUGAGCACCUUGCCAAAAACUGCCUCAAGUUAAAGUCAUUGGACAUUGGGAAGUGUCCCCUGGUGUCGGAUGCAGGCCUUGAGCAGCUUGCGCUAAACUCUUUCAACCUGAAAAGACUGAGUCUGAAGUCGUGCGAAAGCAUCACCGGGCGUGGGUUACAAGUGGUAGCAGCAAAUUGCUUUGACCUUCAGCUGCUGAAUGUUCAGGACUGUGACGUACCACUGGAGGCGCUGCACUUCGUCAAACGGCAUUGUAAACGCUGCAUCAUUGAACACACCAAUCCGGCCUUUUUUUGAGAGGUGGGCCGUGGAAUUUGAGAAAAAAAAUUUUUUUGACCUAAAGCAGUGCCUUCUUGGCUAAACAACCCUUAGCUGAGAUUUCCACUGCUGCACCUUUGUAUUUAAUUUGCAUGGUUGGGAGAAAUCUUAAGACUUUUUUUUAAAACCAUUUAUUUAUGAUUUUAUUCACUUUUUUGGAAUACUUACUUUGCCUACAUCAGAUUGUAUUACAUUUAACAUGUAUAAAAGUGUGUAUUGUCAAAGAAAAUUUCAAGCUAAUUAAUUAUUACGAACACAGCUGAUGCUUUGAAACAGAAGUGCGUAGAGUAUAACACGAAGCGAUGGUAACCGAAAUUUGCGAUAACAAUGGUCUACAUUUCAGUUUUUGUAUUGUUUACAUUUGAUAUCUCUGUUAUGAAUGUUUAGCUUUGUAUUUCAUCAUGUAAGACUGAGGUUUCAAUCUUGGUUGUAUUUCUGAGGAAUAUUGCCAAACAGUGCCAUUGUCAUUGCCACGUUUACCUUGUUAAUAGUCAAUGCUACUACCCUGCUGAAAAGACCAGCAUAUGUUUGUUAUGGAUGUUUAUCUCCAGCAUGUGAUGCUGGUGUGCUGAUAUUCCCACCAGGGUUCUCAACUAUAUUAAUCAGCAAAACAUCACCAGUUAUUGACCAGCUUCAUCCAGCAGCACAAACCAGAAAAGGAUUUCAUGGAAAUUCACUCUGGUCUUUUCAGCAGGGUUGUUUCAGGUGUUCAUCAAAAGGAAGACCACAGCGUAAUAAAGAGGUCUAAGCCAUAUUUAAAGAAAUAUAUUGUUUACUGUCAUG